GAUUGGCAGCUUUACAAAGGGUAGUCGGGGGGGAAGAGCCAGGUGAAGAGUAUCCUGGGCAGAAGGAACUGUAGGCACUGAGGCCCUGCUGUGGGAGAAAGGCCGGUGGGUCUGGAGUGUAGUGACCCAUUAGAGGAGUGGGUACCAGUAGGAACCUGUAAUGAGUUCAUGGAGAUUGGCAGGAGUCAGAUGAUGAGACUCUUAUAGGCCAUGGUGAGUGGGGAAGGGAUGAGUCAGGUUUCUGGCUUAAGCAACAGGAUGCAUGUGAUGCCUUUUACUGAGACAGGAAGGAUCGAGUCAGACUGGGCUUUAAGAGAAAUUAGUUCUGUUUGAGGAUGUCUAAGUAUUGAGAGGUACAAAUAGGUUUGUUUAAAAAACAACAUAAAUGCUCAACUGUCAGGCGGUUGGAAAUGGGUCUGGACUUCAGGGGAGUUGGAAAUGACCCUGUAGUGGGAGCGUAAAUCUCUUACUCUGUUCCUGUUUGCAAGUGAAAUAUUCUUGUUGGUCUUGAUUCUGAAACUGAGCAAAUGUGAAUUGAAGGGUCAGCACCUCAUCUGUGGGUACUUUCCCAAAGCAAGUGAAAAUUGUGGAAGUUGGUCCCCGAGACGGACUGCAAAAUGAAAAGAAUAUUGUACCUACUCCAGUGAAAAUCAAACUGAUAGACAUGCUUUCUGAAGCAGGACUCCCUGUUAUAGAAGUCACCAGCUUUGUGUCUCCCAAAUGGGUUCCCCAGCUGGCUGACCAUGAUGAAGUCAUGAAGGGCAUCCAGAAAUUUCCUGGCAUCAACUACCCAGUGCUGACCCCAAAUUUCAAAGGCUUCCAGGCAGCGGUUGCUGCUGGAGCCAAGGAAGUGACCAUCUUUGGAGCUGCCUCCGAGCUCUUCACCAAGAAGAACAUCAACUGCUCCAUUGAUGAGAGUUUCCAGCGGUUUGGUGAAGUCUUGAAGGCAGCUCAGGCAGCCAGUAUGCCUGUGCGGGGGUACGUCUCCUGUGUGCUUGGAUGCCCCUAUGAAGGGAAGAUCUCCCCGGCUAAAGUAGCUGAGGUUGCCAAGAAGAUGUAUUCAGUGGGCUGCUACGAGAUCUCCCUGGGGGACACCAUCGGCGUGGGCACCCCUGGGGCCAUGAAGGAUAUGCUCUCCGCUGUCAUGCACGAGGUGCCAGUGGCUGCCCUGGCUGUCCACUGCCAUGACACCUACGGCCAGGCCCUGGCCAAUACCUUGAUGGCCCUGCAGAUGGGAGUGAGUGUCGUGGACUCUUCUGUGGCGGGACUUGGAGGCUGUCCCUAUGCACAGGGAGCAUCGGGGAACUUGGCCACCGAGGACCUGGUCUACAUGCUGGCCGGCUUGGGGAUUCACACGGGUGUGAACCUCCAGAAGCUCCUGGAAGCUGGGGCCUUUAUCUCUCAAGCCCUGAACAGAAGAACCAGUUCCAAAGUGGCUCAGGCUACCUGUAAACUGUAAGCGCCUUGCUCCCUGAAGCACUGGGGACUGUGUGGGAAUGGGGACACCUGUGGAUGAUGCACAGAUGGGCACAUGGAAAUGGGAAUGAAAUCAACAGAAGCAGGCACCUCACUGCCAGCUCUGCAUCUAGGUCUCUCUUGGCAAGAAGGAGGUGGACAGGAACUGCCUGGCCUCAGGCCCUCCCUGCCUGACCUGAGUAUGAGUGAGAGGCUUGGGCAGCUGGAGGUCUCCCUUCACCAUGGACCCAAAGGCCCAGGAGUUGAUGGCCUGAGGGCACUUGGGAACCCAAUUCUCUGGCUUGGGUUGAUCCUCAAGUCUCAUCUCUGGGUGAAACCUGCCAGUUGGCCACUCUACACGGCUUGAUGCUGCCAUGUCCUUGGGGCCAUCUCUCUCUUGACCUUGUAGGGCAAAGGGGCAGGGAGGAGUUUUUCCCUCAGCUGGUGGAGGGUAUUUGGUGAAGGGGUGAGGGCUGAGCUAUGGUGGCCACCUGCCAACUCCAGCACCUCUGGAAAACUUCCACUUUGAACAUGAUUGUUGAGAACAGCUUAUGUAAUUAAAGGUUUAACGACAUAA